AUGCAGCGCUUUCUUCGCCAGGGUACUCUGGCUGGAUCAUCACAGCUGAAGCCUCUGUCGACCCAGAGUAGGCUGACGCUCUCCUACGACUUGCAUGAGCCAAGCAAACCAGCCGCUGGGUUGGUUGCCCCUAUCAUUUUCCUUCAUGGCCUCUUUGGGUCGAAAAAGAACAACAGAAGCAUCAGCAAAGUGCUCGCCCGUGAUCUUGGGAGACCCGUCUAUGCAUUGGAUCUGCGCAAUCACGGAGAGUCGCCCCAUGACUGGCACCACGACUACGUACACAUGGCAGAUGAUGUGGCGGGUUUCAUAGACCAGCAUAACCUCCGUCAACCGACCAUCAUCGGCCAUUCGAUGGGUGCUAAGGCAGCCAUGUCACUUGCGUUGGAAUCGCCUGAUCUCGUCAAGGACAUCGUCGCGGUCGACAAUGCGCCGGUGGAUGCAGUGCUGGAAAGUGGGUUUGGGAAGUAUAUCCAAGGCAUGAGAAGGAUCGAAACUGCCAAUGUCACGAGGCAGACAGAGGCGGACCAGAUUCUCAAAGAGUAUGAAAGUUCUCUGCCCAUUCGUCAAUUCCUGCUUGGCAACCUACACCGGCCCCAAGCAGGCAAGCCGGAGCAAAAGUUUCGAGUUCCACUGGACAUCAUUGGUCGUUCUUUGAACCACAUGGGGGACUUCCCAUACAAAGAUCCGAGCAAGGUUCGUUUCGAGAAGCCUGCUCUUUUUGUCCGCGGAACCCAAAGCAAGUAUGUACCGGAUGAUGUCUUGCCCAUUAUCGGACAAUUCUUCCCCAGGUUUCGGCUGGCAGAUAUCGACGCCGGUCAUUGGGUGAUAUCAGAGAAGCCGGAAGACUUCCGCCAGGCGGUCGUCGAGUUUCUGAGGGGACCCGAAUAG